CCAUCUCUCUGCAGGACGUAUUUCCUGUACACGGUCAUAAACUGACUCUGACAUGGGGGUGAAAACUUUCACCCACAGCUCCACCUCCCACAGCCACGAGAUGCUUGAGAAGCUCAAUGCUCUACGCAACCAAGGUCACUUAUGUGAUGUCACCAUUCGGGUCCAAGAUAAGCUCUUCCUGGCCCACAAAGUGGUCCUGGUCUGCUGCAGUGAAUUCUUCCGCUCAAAACUGGUGGGCCGGCCCGAGGAGGAGGAUAAGUUUGUUUUGGAUCUUCAUCACGUGACCGUCAGUGGCUUCGCUCCUCUGUUGGAAUAUGCAUACACGUCUACGCUCUCUAUUAGCACAGAGAAUAUCAUCGACGUCUUGGCAGCUGCGAGUUACAUGCAGAUGUUCGCUGUUGCAAGCACAUGUUCGGAGUUCAUGAAGUCUAGCAUUCUGUGGACGGCGAGUAACAACAGCAACAAUAACAACAUUAUGGCAGAUAAACCGCACGAAUCGGCACCGGAGAGCGCCUCAUCGAACUGUGCGCUCACACCACUGGACGGCAGCGUGUCGCCUGUUUCGUCCGACUGCAGCGUGAUGGAGAGAAACGUUCCUAUAUGCCGCGAAUCGCGACGGAAACGUAAAAGCUUUGUGACAGUGGCAUCGCCUGAGAGUCCGCUCAAAUGCACUACGCAGAUGGUCAACACCUCCCCUCAGAUCCCCAACCCUUCCCUGUCAUUCUCAGACAGCACUGCGCAGCCUGUGGAGUCCUCUCUGGCCUUCCCAUGGACUUUCCCCUUCGGUAUCGACCGCAGGUUCCACUCGGACAAAUCAAAGCUCUCCGAGAGCCCUCGUUGUUUGGAUCAGGGCACCGCGGAGACGUCAGGGGUGGUGGUUGGCCGGCGGCUCAGUGACUUCCUCGCAUGUGAAAGCUCCAAGGUGGUGUCGUCACCAAUGCCGGCAGAGGAUGUAGAUGUGAGGGUGAAAGUGGAGCGGCUCAGUGAUGAAGAGGUCCAAGAAGCGUCUUCGCAGCCGGUCAGCGCCUCCCAGAGCUCGCUGAGUGACCAGCAGACGGUGCCAGGGAGUGAACAGGUCCAGGAGGAGCUCCUCAUCAGUCCACAGUCUUCUUCUAUAG